AUGGGUAGACUCAAGUCUUCUGCACUCAAGCAACAUGUUUUCAACUUUGCCGAUCACGCAGGUCGGCCAGCGAAGAUAGUCUGGAGCAACCCGUCACGAAAUAUCCUAAUACCACUGCCAAGCCUAUCCUUCUAUCUUGUCCAUCCAGAAUUCUCUCUAGAUGAUUUGGAAAUGUGGCAAUUCUUAACAGACAUCCGGAGGGAUGGCGAUCCCAUUCGAUUCGAAAUGUUCCAUAUCCCUGGGGCCAGCGAAACGGACUGUGCCCAACAUUACCGGGACGAACUCAAGGCUCGUGGUGAUGUGUCUGAGCAGGUUCGACAAGCUGGAAAGGCCUAUGAAGACUGGGAGGACAAGGAAGAAGAUGCCCAACAUGCGGCGGAACAGGAGCCCCACGGCAAGCUCCCCGGCCUUAUUUCAUCACAAAGGAGCUUGAAUCUUCCCUAUCAUGGCGUCAUAUUCGUGUGCAAGGACCCUGAGUGGAAGUUCAAAGACCAACAGCAAUACGUCGACGUCGUUGAGUUUGAUCCAGCAUUGACAGCGGAUGACUAUGAGCUUGGUGAACUGGAAAUACGGGGGCCGCAGACACCUCUCAAAAUCACACACGUGUCGGCCACGAAAAAGUCUAAGGUCCAACGGUAUGAGGAUCAAGGUGUUUGGAUGUGGUUUCUGGACCAUAGAGAUUGGAGUCGGUGGGAUCGUAUGAUAACAGCGACUUUUCAGGUUCAGUCUAUGGGAUGGACGUCAUGGCAGUAA